CCAAGCGACAUAUUGGUACGAUUUUAAUCGCCAUGUUUCCAUGUCUGUCGUUAAGAGUACCUAUUAUUAUUUAUAUUUUUUCGCAGUUAGUUUUACUUUUAUUUAAAAAUGCCGAAAUGUAAGUCGUUUUGUUCAGUUCGUCUUAAAAGUUUUGUAGACGAGUUUGGAAAUUAUGUUUUUUCUACGGAUGGUACGGUUUUGUAUUGUAAAGUGUGUGAAAUUAAAGUUGGAUCCGAACGUCGUUUUACCUUCGAACAACACUUGAAGACAGCCAAACAUAACCGCACAGCUGAUCGACAGAAACAAACUCAGUCACAACAACUAAUUUGCAAUGUGGUCGGUAAAAAAUCAUCAUUUUACAUGGAUAUGUGCAGAGCGUUUCUUGGAGCCAAUAUUCCUUCCACAAAAAUUAAACUCAGAUGACGCAGUUUCAAUCGAAAAAAGAAUUAGCAUUAUGGCUGAACCAAAUUUAGGCCCAAACUUAACAUUCAUUCGGUCCAACUUUAGAUUUUUACCAGUCAAAAUAACUAAAUUAGAAUCAUCUGGAUUAACUUUGUUUGAAUCAAUUAAUGUUGUCAAUUAUACCAGAGAAACCCUCAAAAUGGCUAAUGAAAAAGUGGGAAAAGAAAUUUACGACAAAUUUCAGAAUGUAAUUGAAAAAAAUAAAGAAUUUAAAACUUUGGUACAAAUUUCGAAAAUACAUUCCAGUGAAGUUGAUACUAUGGAAGGAAUAGAAGAAGAUUUGAAGGUUAAGGAUCUUGCAUUCAUCAAAUAUGCAUUCAUCAAUAACAUCAGUUGAUGUAGAAUGAAGUUUUUCAUGCUACAAAAAUUUACUUUCCGAUAACAGAUGCAGUUAUAAA